GCUGAGACUCCUAGAGCUCCGAAAUGGGCGGAACCGAAAUGGGCAGACAGGAAAUGGGACGGAGAAGAAGGGAUUGGGAGGGAUGAGUAGGUGGAUUCGCGUGAGGGGCUCAGUGGUACGCACUCACAUCUACUUGACACGCCUCGCACUCACGGCGCUGCUACGUAUUGAUGCGAUGUUCGUCAUUCUCACGCGCUCACUGUGCAACCCGCGCUUGGCGGAGGGUGUUGGCGCAAGUGGCGAGGUGCGCAACACGAUUGGCGGCUCGCCCGAGCGCGCGAUGGCGGGAGCAAGCGCGACUAUACGCGCCCGCGGUGGCGAAGCAGGCAGGGCAGGGGCGAUUGAUAGGAGUGGGGCGGUGAUCGGGUGUGGGAGUGUUGCGUGUGGGGAUGGGCGAGCCACCUCGCAUCACUCCAUACCACCGUCGCACGCAUCCCUCCACCAGUCGUGGGGACGGCCAAUGGCGCUGCCGCAUGAAUAUGCGCGCACCUCGUCAAGCGCGCACCCCGUCAAGCGUGCACCUCAUCAAGCGCGCACCUCAUCAAGCGCGCACUUGCGCCUGCUUCAGUGGCGCUCACGCGGCUGCAGGCGCGGCUGGCGGAACGGCGUUGGGCGCACGCAGGCGACGUGA